AUGCUUCAAGGGUGCGUACUAAAAAAUGCCUUCGUUAAGAAUGAAACCCCUAGCAUAGGACUCUGGCAAACGUUGCCCGGUCAGAAUGUCUCGAGGGUGCUGGCACGAGCUGGCGUGGAUUGGGUUAUGGUAGACUGCGAGCACGGGAACAUUGACGAUGCUGCAAUGCACGAAGCUGUUCCAGCCAUUGCAAGCUGCGGCGUCAGUCCCAUCGUGAGACUUCCCGAUAUGCAGGGCUGGAUGAUCAAGCGGGCUCUGGAUGCUGGAGCACAUGGUAUUCUAAUUCCACUGCUUCGUUCCGUCGAAGACGCCAAGAAAAUUGUCGCCGCGGCCAAAUUCCCACCCCAAGGCCAACGUGGAUUAGGAUCUCCGUUUGCCAUGGAACGAUUUAACCCGGUGCCGUCCAUGACGGAAUAUCUGCAACAAGCCAACGACUCGCUCUUAACCAUGGUGCAAAUAGAGACGCAAGAAGCGCUGGACGCCGUCGAAGAGAUAGCCGCUGUUCCCGGUGUCGACGUCCUAUUCAUAGGUCCAUUUGACUUGGGGAAUAAUAUCGGUCAUCCUAUCUUAAAUGGUGUCAUCAAGCCCGAGCUAGAGCAGGCUAUGGACCGGAUCCUGGAGGCGACGAAGAAGGCGGGCAAGAAGUGCGCUUUCUUUGCCACGAGCGGAGAGCAGGCUAAAGAGUACGCGGAUAAGGGCUUCCACAUGAUCAGCGCAGCGCUCGACACGACGCUGUUACAGGCCUCGCUGGGCGUGGCGCUGAGUGCUGCCCGCGGACAGCAGGCGCCGAAGACUGGUGGUAGAUACUAG